UUUGUUUUUGCUUUCUUUUUUUAAUUCUUAUUCUUAUACUGUAUAUGAAUGUUUAUAAUAUUAUUCGAUGUUUGUUACCAAUUGUUAAAAAAUUGGGAGGAAAAAAAAAUAAGACGAGUAUUUCUGUUUUUUGAAUUUAGUCAUGUUUUGUGGUGUUAUAAUUAAAAAAAAAAAAAAGAAAAAAAAGAAAACGUUUGUAUAUUGCAAUAAACAUGAAUCAGACUUGGAAGAAAAUAUAAUUCUUGACUCUUGUUGUGAAGAAAAAAGAAAUUAUCAACAUUGAUUACCAAACGCGCAAUCUCGUCUGAAUCGUUCGUUUAUCAAAAAUAAUAAUCAGUACUGUUGCGAGUUGACUAGUGUGUUACAAAACUUUUCAACGCGAAGUGUCCUACAUUCUUUUUUUUGUGUUACAAUUUUAAUUCUUUGUUAUAAAUUCAAUUUUUUUGGUUCUAUUUUAAUUUUUUGUUUUAAUUUUACUUUUUUGUUUUAAUUUUAAUUUUAUUUUCUGUUUUAAUUUUAACCUUUUUACUUUUAUUCUCAUUUUUUAUUGAAAUUCGAAAAUGAAUUUUCUUCCUACGCUUUUAAAAAAACUGUCACGCAACGUUUAAGCAAGCGUGUGAUAAAUAUUCGGUUUAUAAAAAUGUUGAAAAUUCAAAUCUAUACAAAUUUCAUUAACAAUAGAACGUACAAUUUUCGAUGUUGCUGUGUUUAUACGAAAACGUAGCUUUUCUAGACUAACAUAUCGGAAUGAAGAUCAACACGAAUGAGACGAUGGAACGAGCCCCGAGAGUCGAAACUCCAGCCGUUAUCACGAAUGUUUGUCGGCGAAGUGGAAACGAAAUUGACAAUGUGGUGUCGAGAAUUCCCUCGACCUUAAGUGUGACGGCCGUGGAUGUCGUUGUUGCCUGCCAGCCUUCACCGUCUCAUUCGAUCCUGACAUUGACCCCCGGAAGGACUCGUAACAUCGACCAGGACAUGGAAGCCUUAAGGCUCAGUCGCCAGGACAAUCCAUUUCUCCAGGUUCUGGCGAGUCGAGAAAAUCUAGUCGAGUCAAUAGAGGAAUCAGAGUCCGACGACGCAAUACUGAUGGCACAGGAAUUAGGAGAUACGGAUCCACUUACCUUAGCACAAGUACACGAGCAUCUGGUUAGAAGUCCUCCACCUGCCUCAUGGUCAACUACGCCUAUGUUCCAUUUUUCACAUCAAAAUAAUAGCGGUAGAAGUGACUCUUCAACUAUUUUCAAGAGUCCACCGAAAACCCCAGCCAGACACAGCAGCGAAAUUGAAGUGAGAAGUGAUCCACCUACAGACAUAAGAGAUCGACACUCACAUCCGUUCUCUCUACUAAAUCCAACACCAAUUCGUUCCCUGUCGGAAGUUCGUCGAUUACACAGAUCGGCAGAUGACAGUGUUCAACUAAUGUCAUCGGAAUGAAAUUUUUUCUAAUCGCCAAAAAAUAUUUGGCCAAGACAUAUGGGAAAACCAACGAAUCACUUAUUAUUCCACUUAUAAUAAAGUGAACGGUUUAAAAUUGUUAUCAAUUUUUUGAUAUAUCAAUAAGGGUCGAAAAUGAGAUUCUGGUACUACGAUAUCAUACAUAUUAUUAUGAUAAUCAGAAAAAAAAUCAGUUUCUUCAAAGACCGAUAGAAAAUGUAACAAAAAAAAAAUAAAAUUCGCCUUGAACUAUUCCUGAUGACACUUUGUACAUUAUUAUAAAAGACAAAAAAACAUGAAAACAAAGAAGAAGAAGAAGAAGAAGAAAAAGUGUUUGACUUGGCAAUCUUUAUCUCUAUGAAGAGCUUAUAAGCUAGUAAAUGCCUUACUGAUUGUGAAUUUAAAAUUCUCGAUUUGCUAUAAAAACGAUACUAAAUCUUUCUUCGUUCCACAUUCGGGAAUUAUUAGAGAAAAAUUGCUGUAAUGUAAUAUUAUUUAUGACGUUUAAUGUGAUAUACAAAAACAAUUUGUUCUUUUGUUUCGUCAAGUUCAAACAGUUCGACCAAUGUUUCAAACAUUGUGUUUAUAAAUUGCUAGUGAAUUUUGUAUUAUUACUUCUAUUUUUAUUCGUAUUUUUAUUAUUGUUAUGUUAUAAUUUUUGUUGAAUGUCAUUCCUAUCAUUUUUGUUAU